AACAAUGACCAAUCUAAUAUAUCUGACUUACCAAUUUCACUUCAACAAAUACUCCUGUCAAAUUACUUAUACAAAGUGAUGAAUUAUAGUGAACCUGAACCAAUAGUUACUGCAGAAAAAGUUACAAUCAGACAAAUUAUUGUUGAUUUAUUUGUAUAUAUUAACAUUGAAGACAUUAAAGAUAACAUAUCAGAAUGGUUAGCUCAAUUUCAAGAUAAAUCAAAAACUACUAUUCACACUGUAAAACAAAAAAAUAAUAAUCGUGAAAUUAAAAAUCCAGAUAGCCAAAGAAAUAGUGAUAUGGGAU